AUGGAGGCUAGACAGGGCCAUGGCCAGGGCAGCCCAGAGAGCCCUAACCGGGCCGUGGAAUACCUCCUGGAGCUCAACAACAUCAUAGAGAGCCAGCAGAAGCUCCUGGAGACCCAGAGGCACCGUAUCGAUGAGCUGGAGGUCCAGUUAGACCGGCUGGCCCAGGAGAAUAAAGACCUACGCUUGGAUCGCCAGCGACCUUUACCCCCUGAACCACCACCCUGCCCCCCGCCACCACCCGCCACCAAAACCAACACGGCCAUACCCUCCGUACCAGUCCGCCCUGUUCAGACCCAGUCUUCUAAUCGUACCAGUACCAACUCUACAGCCAAACCUGCCCCCACAGCCCCUGCCCCCCCACCCCCGGUGCCUGUACGGGAUCAACACAAACCUCAAACCCCCAAGACCCCACGCCGUACCCCCCACACGCCCCAAACCCCCAAACGUACCCCGGUCACCACCCAGACCCCCCACACGCCCCAAACCCCCAAACGUACCCCGGUCACCACCCAGACACCCCGCACACCGCAGACCCCCAAACGUACCCCGGUCACCACCCAGACCCCCCGCACACCGCAGACCCCCAAACGUACCCCGGUCACCACCCAGACCCCCCGCACACCGCAGACCCCCAAACGUACCCCGGUCACCACCCAGACCCCCCGCACACCGCAGACCCCCAAACGUACCCCCCCGGACACGCGGCUGACGCGGACCAUCUCGACCGGGACGGGGACCAGCUUCGUGGAGAUGGAGAAGGAGAGACUGGACAGGAUGGAGGAAGAGAGGACAGAGAGACUUCGCAGCUCCACCUUGGGGAACCCCACCGGCCAUCACCACGGCCACAGACAGUAAGUCAUUACCUUACCUUUUAGCGUGUGUUACCCUUUUAGACCACAAACUCCGCCGCUAAACAGUUAGCAUGGGGGAGUUUCUCAAUAUGCAUACUACCGCGCGCCGCACUCCCAUGCUCUUGAGCACAUUGUUAUUAUGACAAGAGUGUGGAGAACGCACACGUUUUCACAUUUAAGAAGAACUGCACAGUCCCAAUCCUACUGCAUUACCCUUUGACCUUUUAGAGUAAAUUGCAUCAUCAACAUGUUGGCUGCUCAUCUACGCUGGACUUUGCAGGAUCACGACUACCCUCUGUUAACUAAUGUUAGCUAUAUGUCAAACAUUUUGUAGAUCUGAUUUAGUUUAAUGUUGCAUUAUUGUCAUUAAAGCAAUUGAGACUGUUAAUCAGGUAGUGUUUUGUAUUAUUUAGCUGCAUUUAAAUUUGAUUAACAAAAGUAGCUAGCUAGCUAGCUAACUUUAGUAGUAGCUAAGAUAGCUAUCUUUAGCAAGAGACGACUUGUGUUCACAUUAUAUGCAUUAGCAACAUAUUUAACAUAACGUUAACAUGGAACAUUACUAGCAUAGAUAAUGACACUACUUUUCUACUAGCAAAAGAUAACCUGCUAGUGCAGUAGUUAUAGGUUAUCCCUCGUCGUGAUCCAUGGUUAUUUAGCAAGCUGCUGCCCAAGUUAAAUGGCUAGCUAAGAUAUCCUCCCUCAUCAUAAUCCAUGGCUACAUGGGCUACUACACAGCCUGCAAGGACUCUGUCAACCCUGGGGGAAACAUGCCAAUAUAACCUGGUACCAGCUACACUACGAAUAAACAUCCAGACGAUACACAGACCCGACAGCCAGGAGGAGACCCAUCCGGAGGUGGCCAGCUAGGAGGAUACCCAUCCGGAGGAGGCCAGCUAGGAGGAUACCCAUCCGGAGGAGGCCAGCUAGGAGGAUACCCAUCCGGAGGAGGCCAGCUAGGAGGAUACCCAUCCGGAGGAGGCCAGCUAGGAGGAUACCCAUCCGGAGGAGGCCAGCUAGGAGGAUACCCAUCCGGAGGAGGCCAGCUAGGAGGAUACCCAUCCGGAGGAGGCCAGCUAGGUGGCGGCAGCGGGAGGAAGCAAUGA